CUCUCAGCUCUCACAUUCUCAGGGAUCCUGUGUGUUUAGGAGGCUGUGAGCACAUCUUCUGUUGUAAUUGUGUGAGUGACUACAUUGGAAGCAAAUGUCCAGUAUGUUACACUCCAGCCUGGAUACAAGAUGUCAAGAUAAACAGACAAUUGGACAGCAUGAUCCAGCUCUGUAGUAAGCUUCGAAGUUUGAUAUAUGGCAGUAAUGUUUCAGAUCCGAAAGAAGAUUCAGGUAGGAAAAAUUCAUUUUCUGACUCAGAGAAUAAGAAGAAUUCAAUAAAAAUGUGGUUUAGUCCCCGAAGCAAGAAGGUCAGAUACGUUGUGAGUAAAGUUUCGGUGCAAACCCGGCCGCAGAUAGUAAAUAAUGAAAAUGAUCAGGAGGCCUCCAUGUAUGAAUUUGUUUCUGCAACUCCUCCAACAGUUCCUGAGAAGCCUAAAAGGACUGCGACAAGAUCCGGGAGAAAGAAAAAGAAGAAAACGUUAGCGGAAAUCAACCAGAAAUGGAAUUUAGCGGCCGGAAGCGAAGGUGUUGAACGGGACUCGGAGGAGGUGAAGGGAAGGCUGGUCUCCUUCUGCAGCCAGCCUUCGGUCAUCGCCAGUCCGCAGAUCAACGGGGGCAGAGAUUUAGAAGCCAGCGCUUCGGACACAGCAUCUCAAUUUUGUGCAAGCCCGCCCGACGUCUCUUUACCGUUGGCCGAGCAUACAGUGCACGAAGUCGGGACUCCAGAGACCAAGAGUAGGAAUGAAGUCAGCACUCCGAAGGAGAUUCUCUGUGAAGACAAUCCCACCCCCAAGAAUUCCUUCGCUUCCUGCCUUAAUGGGAAGCGAGACCGUCACAACAGACUCUCAGCGCCCCUUCCAAAGAGAUGUCGCCACACCCUUCCCGGCCCCCUCGGGGACUCGGCCGCGUCAGCAGUGGUCUCAGAAAACGGGCCGUUGCCCGGUUGUUCUCCAUCACCCUCGAGUGUCUCGAAAGGCGGCGGCACGUCAAGGAGGAAAAGCAGUAACGUGUUGGAUGAGUCCUUUAGGUUUUCACCCGGCACGCCACCGCCCUCUGCGCUCAACAGCUCAAGCUACAGGCGAAUGUUGUCCAGCCCCUCAGCCAGGAGGCUGACACCGGGUGGCCAGGCGGCCGUGAAGAGGAAUCACAGGGGGGAGACUCUGCUCCAUCUGGCUUCGAUUAAGGGUGACGUGCCUUCUGUUGAAUACCUCUUACAAAACGGAAAUGACCCAAAUGUUAAGGACCAUGCUGGAUGGACACCACUGCACGAGGCCUGCAAUCAUGGACACCUGAAAGUAGUAGAAUUAUUGCUCCAGCACCAGGCCUUAGUGAACACCACUGGGUAUCAGAAUGACUCACCGCUGCAUGACGCAGUCAAGAAUGGCCAUAUAGACAUAGUCAAGUUGCUGCUUUCCUCUGGGGCCUCACAGAAUGCUGUUAACAUAUUUGGUCUGCGGCCUGUGGAUUAUGCAGACAGUGAAAAUAUGAAAUCACUAUUGCUGCUCCCAGUGAAGAGUGAAUCAUCAUCAUCUAGCCACGGCUCAGCGGCACACACUGGUCAGCGCAGGAGCGGCCCUCUGAUACUUAUAGGCAGUGGACUUUCUUCAGAACAGCAGAACAUGCUCAGUGAACUUGCAGCAGUUCUGAAAGCUAAAAAAUGUGCUGAGUUUGAUAGUACAGUAACACAUGUCAUUGUUCCUGGUGACACAGUUCAAAGUACUCUGAAAUGUAUGCUUGGGAUUCUCAAUGGAUGCUGGAUACUAAACUUUGAAUGGGUAAAAGCAUGUCUACAAAGUAAAGAAUGGGAACAGGAAGAAAAGUAUGAAAUUCCUGAAGGACCUCAGAGAAGCAGACUCAACAGGGAACAGCUGUUGCCGAACCUGUUUGAUGGAUGCUACUUCUAUUUUGGGGGAACCUACAAGCACCAUCCGAAGGACAAUCUGAUGAAGCUCGCCACCGCGGCAGGGGGCCAAAUUCUCCUCCGGAAACCCAAGCCAGACAGCGACGUGACUCAGACCAUCAACACAGUUGCUUACCACGCCAAGCCCGAUUCUGAUCAGCGCUUCUGCACCCAGUAUAUCAUCUACGAGGACUUGUCUAUUCAUCGCCCAGAGAAGGUUCGGCGGGGCAAAGUCUGGAUGGCUUCCUCCAGCUGGCUGAUAGAUUGUGUGAUGUCCUUUGACUUGCUCCCUCUUGGCAGCUGAGCACGCGGCCAGAUGAACAGUUCCGAGGGAAGGUAGCCAGCACGAGAAACCCAGCCGCUCCAUGGAAUUCGGGUCACUCGCAUCUCUGUAAAAUAGGCAGACUCCCUC